AUGACCCUAAAAACUGCUCUCGCACUUGCGCUUGCUGCCUCGUCGUUCGUGUCUGCUCAGGUCGCUUCAUCGUACUGCGAUGCUGCAAGCGGAUUCUGCUUCCAAGGGAUUCAUGACGCCACACUGGACAUGACCAUCGGUGUUAUCUUGCCUCCCGACGCGACACCUGCGUCUACCGAGUACAUCGUGAACUUCGUCGUCCCCGCCUCGUUUGGCUGGAGCGGCAUCAGCAUGGGAGGCCAGAUGUCUAACAGCCUUCUGUUCACCAUGUGGCCCAACGGCAAUGAGAUCAUGCUUGGGUCGCGUUGGGCAGACGACUACGUCCUCCCUACCGCCUACGCGGGUCCGAAGAUCACACUUCUCCCGCCCUCCAAGAUCAACAGCACGCACGUCAACGCCGUCUUCCGCUGCCAGAACUGCACCGCUUGGGACGGCGGCUCUCUCGGCUCAGAGAACUUGGACGGCACCGCGGUCCUCGCCUACGUCGCGUCCACGAAGACGCCGGUCGAAGACCCCUCGGACAUCGAUUCCAGCUUCACGGAGCACGACCAGUUCGCGUUCUUCGGUGUUGACCUGAGCCAAUCACACUCGUCUUCCUACAGCAAGUACAUCGGUGGUGGAGCCUCGCCCACUACCACUCCGGCGGCACCUCCCACUUCUACCGUCCCGCCUUCGACCACCAGUGGCGCACCUGGAGCCCUUCAAACCGCGUAUGGGCAAUGCGGCGGAACUGGCUUCACCGGUCCUACCGCCUGCGUCGCAGGCUUCACUUGUGUCGCUGUCUCAGCCCCAUACUACAGCCAGUGCCAGCCUUCUCAUUAG